AUGGCGCAUACAAAUUCAUCACAUAGGAGGACUCAUAACAUUCUGUUGAUAUCGAAGCUACUCAACCAGAGAGAAGGUGCUUCGCCUUUCACCUUAGUGCUUGAUAACCUGGAGCAACCUGCGAAGCCUCUAUUGAAAGAGUUCAUUCGCCGAGCUAAUUCCUCAAAAAGUCAUGUCGUGUUCUUAGCCUUCGAGACAGCUCGUACACCUCCUGGCAUCGACACUUUCAUCCCUUGCUGGAACAAGAAUGUUCAGCAGAUUGUGCAAGCUGUCCGAUCAGCCAUCACGUCUGCUGUCAAGCGAUGUCUCAUUGUCAUUGAUGGUCUGAAUGCGCUAUGCAAGAUGUCAGCACAGCCCAGAUCGACUCUAGACCUGACGUCCUUCUUGAUGUCCUUAUUGCAACCGCCUCAACAAACGCCACAGAAUUCACCAUCACUAGUGGCAGUGUACCACCAAGACAUGCCGUUACAUACUUCUGCCAACCCAUACUCCCCUGGUCCGUUAUCGCUGCUGGAGUACAGCGCCACAACGAUCAUGACGGUGCACUCUCUAUCCAUCUUACUUGCGGAAAAGCAAGCAAAGGAGAAAAGUCUCGGUGCGCCAUUAUUUGGUCUGGCAGAACAGAAAGAAGGGCUAGUUGUUGGUCUGAAGCCUCAAGCCAGGUCGAUCCCUAGUGACCAACGGGGAAUCGUCAUUCAGCUCGAGCAUCGUCGCAGAAGUGGACGUGGUCUCCUGGAGUGGUAUUUUCUGCCGCAGAGGCUUCCUUCAAAACCAUAUAGCGCGUCUUCAAAGGAGCCUGUAUUGCUGCUUGAUGAUCAUCCUCUGUUCAGAAAGCCGGAAUUAGUGCCCGAAACCACAGAUCAGGACUUGGCUGGGGUGACUUUUGAGCUCAACUUGACGACGCGACAGCGCAUGGAGCGUGACGGCGUCGUCCUGCCAUAUUUUGAUGCACAGAAAGCUGGAGGUGGUGGUGAAGGUGGCAGGAUUCUGUAUGAUAUGGGUGCGGAGGAUGAUUUCGACGAGGAAGAGGACGAGAUUUGA